AUGUGUUUCUUUUUCCUUUCUUUUGCAAGUUCUACAGCAUAUUUUUCUGAGAACUUUGAUGGAAAGGAGUUAGAAGGAUGGAAGUUGCCUCGCCACAUUAAAUAUGGAAUUGUUUUAGGUAAAUGGGGACAUUCAUCAGGAGAAUUUUACGGAAAUGAGCAAAAAUGGAGAGGUCUUGAUACAUUAAUCAACCAUAGAAACUAUAUCAUGUAUCAUCCCUUCCACAAAACAAUGAAUUCAGAGAAUUCAGAUCUCAUUAUUCAAUAUACUGCUCGCUUGAAUUCAAAUCAAGAUUGUUCAGGAAAUUUCAUUAAAAUACUUACCGAUGAUGUUGAUGUUACAUCAUUUGGACCCGAAACUCCUUUUGCUAUCAAAUUCGGACCAGAAGUCUGUGGUCCUUCAUACAAAAGAACUCACUUUACCAUCCAAUACCAAGGAAAAGUAUACGAAAAUAAGAGACCAAUUGGUUUUAUUCGUGAUCAGUUCACUCACGCUUAUACAUUAGUUCUUUAUAAGAAUAACUCUUAUAAAAUUAAUAUUGAUGGUGUCCCAAUGGAUGAGGGAACUCUUGAAGAGCGUUAUGAUAUACCUAAGAUCGAAAAACCAGAAGAUUGGGAUGAAAGAGAAUUUCUCAUUGACGAAAAUGAGAAGAAACCAGAGGAUUGGCCAUUACCAACCAUGGAAGUCGAAGAAGAGGUCGAAAAAGAAAUAGAAGUCGAAGAAAUAGUUAAACCUGAAAUAAAUUCUGAACAAAAUGAAAAUGAUGCCGAAGAAACUCAAAAGGAACCAAUAAAGAAGAUGGUCAAGAAGAUUGUAAAGGAAACAGUUAAGAAGACAGUACCAAAUCCAAAUUAUAAGGAAUGGGAACCAACGAAAGUACCAAAUCCUAACUAUAAUGGUACAUGGGAUCCUCCGAAAUUUGGUCAUUGGAAGAAUUUGAACUAUUGGGGAUUCGAAAUCAAACAAUCAGUUGCCGGAAGCCAUUUCGACAACAUCCUCGUAACAGAUGAUGAAAGAGAAGCAGAAAGAGUCUUGCAGGAGAACUUUUUGAGGUUCAGGCUUCAAGAAGCUCGUGCAUAUGACAGAGGAGGUGGCGGAGGUAACAGCGACAGUGGUUCUGAUGCAACUGAUGAGUCCGUAAAGGAUUAUAGAGGUGCAUUGAACUCGCAGAGAAGAAAUUAUGGACAUUCUAUUGAUAGAACCCAAUUCGAUAAUUUGUAA